AUGUAUAUCUCACUCAUCGAGGACUACUUGAGUUAUCUCAUACUACUCAUAUGUAUUACCCCACUUCCCAUUCCUCUUCUACACCGUGAUGGUUUCUAUUUCACACCAGAUGGCAACUUCAAUCCUGCAAAUGUCUUCCAUGGCCGCUUAGUGGACCUGAAGCUAAGCUGUCAGCUCAUUGCAGGUCGUAGCAAGGCCUUCAAAUACUUGUUAGAUGAUUUCUCUGCUAUUGUUAGCAAUCUCAGUGCCUUUGAGAAAUUGGCUCCUAGGGAAAGAUCGCAUGAGACCCUCAGUGUUAUUCGGGACACUAUUGGCCGCAGAUCAAUCAAGCUCACUCACCGUCUCUUUGAGGCCAUCGACAGAGAUCAAGACAAUAAUACUAGCAACGACAAUAACAGCUCAACAAAUGCUACCCCCACGGACAGCCUAGGAUCUGAAUACGACAUCACAACGUGGCCAGUUGCUAAUCGAUGUAAAGGCCAUCUGCAGGACAUCGUAUCCUCACAUAAUAUUCGCCCAUUACCAGCAUAUGAUGAGAGCCACGUUCUCAUCCCACCACUCCAGUAUGAAGUGAAGCUCAAGGGUGCACUUGUGGAAGUCCAUAUGGCCUUUUGCCAUCACCACAUGAAGACAUCAAAGUGUGACAUCUGA